GGUAUGGCUGUGUCGUCACCGGUGAGCCGGCUGUACGGAAAGUGACCUUGCGGAGGGGAGGUGUGUGCGCAUGCGCGGCAGGGUGCUGUGCGCCCCACGUGUGUCAGUGAGAGGUGAUCAGUGUGAGCUUCUCUCUCCGCCAUGUCCUGGUUAUUCGGCUAUAACAAGGGGCAGCCGGCCCCUCCAGAUGUACCUGGCAUGCCGGUGCCACCUCCACCCCCUGGGGGAGAUGGGGACGGAGGGGAUAAGAACAAACCCAAGGACAAAUGGAGCAACUUUGACCCCACCGGCCUUGAGAGAGCAGCCAAAGCUGCCCGGGAGCUCGACCAGUCACGCCAUGCUAAAGAAGCCCUUCAUCUUGCCAAGAUGCAGGAAGAGACACUUCACCUGGAGCAGCAAUCGAAAGUCAAGGAAUAUGAAGCUGCCAUAGAACAGCUGAAGAAUGAGCAGAUUCGAGUGCAAGGAGAUGAGCGCAGGAAAACUCUAAAUGAGGAGACAAAGCAGAAUCAAGCGAGAGCUCAGUACCAGGACAAACUGGCAAGGCAGCGUUAUGAGGACCAGUUGCGACAGCAGCAAUCAAUGAAUGAAGAGAAUUUGCGAAAACAAGAGGAGUCUGUAAAAAAGCAAGAAGCAAUGCGCAAAGCCACGGUUGAGCAUGAGAUGGAGUUGCGGCAUAAGAAUGAAAUGCUGCGGAUAGAGGCAGAGGCGCGGGCGCGUGCCAAGGUAGAACGGGAAAACGCAGACAUUAUCAGGGAACAGAUUCGUCUGAAAGCUGCAGAACAUCGGCAAACUGUUCUAGAAUCCAUCAAGACUGCUGGGACUGUGUUUGGUGAAGGUUUCCGUGCGUUUAUCACAGACUGGGACAAAGUAACAGCGACUGCAGCGGGAUUGACCAUACUUGCACUAGGCGUUUACACUGCAAAGAAUGCCACUGGUGUUGCGGGUCGUUAUAUCGAAGCACGGCUCGGAAAGCCUUCAUUGGUCAGAGACACAUCCCGUAUAACAGCAUUAGAGGCAGCCAAGCAUCCUAUAAAGGUCAGCAAGCGCCUGUUCAGCAAAAUCCAGGAUGCCUUAGAAGGAGUUGUUCUCAAUCCAAAACUGGAGGAGCGAGUAAGAGAUAUUGCAAUUGCUACAAGAAACACUAAGCAGAACAGAGGUCUCUACCGGAAUAUUUUAAUGUACGGUCCUCCAGGGACUGGAAAAACACUCUUUGCCAAGAAAUUAGCCAUGCAUUCUGGCAUGGAUUAUGCCAUCAUGACUGGUGGUGAUGUCGCCCCCAUGGGGCGUGAAGGAGUUACUGCAAUGCAUAAAGUAUUUGAUUGGGCUAACACCAGCAAGCGAGGCCUCUUGUUGUUCGUGGAUGAAGCAGAUGCCUUCCUAAGGAAGAGAUCCACAGAGAAAAUCAGUGAAGAUCUAAGGGCAACGCUAAAUGCUUUUCUCUACCGCACCGGAGAGCAGAGUAACAAAUUUAUGUUGGUGUUGGCCAGUAACCAGCCGGAACAGUUUGACUGGGCUAUCAAUGAUCGAAUAGAUGAGAUUGUCAACUUCGCCCUUCCUGGGCUGGAGGAGAGAGAGCGCCUCGUCAGGCUUUAUUUUGAUAAAUUUGUCUUGAAACCAGCAAGCGAAGGCAAGCAGCGUUUGAAAGUUGCCCAGUUUGACUAUGGGAAGAAGUGCUCGGAGCUGGCAGAACUUACCAAAGGCAUGUCUGGCAGAGAAAUCUCUAAACUAGGUGUUGCCUGGCAGGCUGCAGCAUAUGCCUCAGAAGAUGGCAUUUUGACAGAAGCCAUGAUCGAUGCACGUGUGGCUGAUGCUAUUCGGCAGCACCAACAGAAAAUGGAAUGGCUGAAGGCAGAGGGCAAGGAAGAGGGUAAAGAGCCAAGCAAAAACCCUCUACAACAUCUUCUUGAGGGAACCCCUGUAUAAAAGAGACAGAAAAAUCUAGGUUACCACCAUUUGACUCUGGUUUGUGUCAAGAAAUGAGAUUAGCCGAUUACUGCAGGUGACGUAGCGGCUAUUCACCUGUUCAUCACUGGAGACGAUACAUGGCGCAGUGGCAGCCUCCCUCCAGCAGGAGGUGACACACAAUGCAACUCUUGCACUCAGGAGACAAUUAAGCCUUUUCACCAGUCAUUCCCUAUUAACUCCUUAGUCUUUUUUUUAUAUCUGUUUUAGGGUACCCAUGAUUAUUAAUAUUAUAAAAAUGUGAUACAGCUGUUUUAAACCUGAAUGAACCUGCUGUAAUAAAGUGGUUUCUGGUUGAAUGUAUAGACUAACCUGAUUGUUAAAGAGCGGCCAUCCAAAUUAAUCUAUAAAGAAAAUUAAUGUAA